AGCCCAGGGGCGGGAGCGCGUGCGAUCCGGCGGUCAGUGGGAGUGACUUGUCAGCCAGCCUCGACAGGAGUGGACACCAAUGGAGAACUCUGAGAUCGAGCAGAUCAGGGCGAUCUGGGCGCUGGUCGACCCGGACAAGAUGCACCACGGCGUGGAGAUCCUCAUCAGGCUGUUCGAUCGGUACCCGGAGACGAAGGCCAAGUUCCCGCGGCUCAACACCAGCUCGCCGGAGGUCAUGCGCUCGUCGGCGCGGGUGCGCGCCCAUGCCGGCCGCGUGGUCACCUCGCUGGGCUCGAUCAUCAGCGCCCUGGACGACCUAGAGGUGGUCGACGAGACCAUCUUCCUGCUGGGCGAGAGUCACAACCGGCGUAAAGUCGAGGCAGAGGAUUUCCAGGUAAGCAGCCCUGCACGGCCGAAGCGGACGUGGGUACAGCUUGUUGCGAGUGCUCACUCAGAGGUCGAAAAGUAUGCUGGACUGCCUCCCAACUGCCCUUUUCGGACCCAUAGUCUGUCUUCCCAGCCCAUCCAAGAAAACAGGCUUUUAAGAUUAGCUCCUAAACAUUUCAGAGUUGAAUUAUCUUCUGCACACAGUAGAGAAGUAGACAGAAAAAAGAAAAGGCUGUAUUCCUCCAAAUUUACUGCGCUAUAAGCGUUGUGUUUUUGG